GCCCGUGCUCUGGACAUCACUCCAGCACGUCGAACCCAGCUCUCCCAGAAGCAUGCAGCCCCUGCGAGUCCACAGCGCCCUGGCCCUCCUGGGCCUGGUCCUCACCCUGUGCAGCCUGAGCGCCGCCUCACAGCCCGACCUGCGCUACCGGAGAGUCCUCCAGAGAGCCAGAGCCGCCGCCGCCGCCAUGGGCGCACAGGACUGGAGUAAGCGUGCGGUGGAGGACAUCCUGUCCCAGCUGGCUCCCCCAGAGGGCGAGGGCAUGGAAGGCCAGGUGUCCACAGCGGACGAGAGCGAGGACGUUCGCGCGGAGCUCCAGCGCUCCGUUGACAACCAGCAGGGGCGCGAACGCAAGGCCGGCUGCAAGAACUUCUACUGGAAAGGCCCCACUUCCUGCUGAGCGCCCCGCCCGCCUCUGCACCCGCCGCCACACCCCCCUGCAGCAGCCGCCCCCGUCACACCUCCGACCUCCACCCGACUGAUUCGCGAGAUCACGAGAACGCUGUAUCUGAUUAAUCGAUGAAAUAAAGAUAAAAGCUUCAUUUGA